AUGAUCUUAGCAGCAGCUGCAUGUGCUGUUGCUGGUGCUGCAGGACUUUCUUAUGUAUUUGAUGAUGAUGAACAAUCAUUACAUAGAAAAUAUGAAACAGUUACUGUAUCGUCAACAAUUGCUGAUAAACAAGGUGUCGUUAAAUGUGUUAUACAUCCGUAUUCAUACAUGUAUCCUCCAUUUCUUAGACCAGAACAAAACAAAACUUCUAUUCGAUUUAUAAAUCAAAAUCAAUUAAAAUUACCUAUAGAAAUCAAUAAACUAAAAGCUAAUGAUUCGAUUUUUAAACGCAAUUUUUCUAUUGUUUUCUUUUGGUCAAUGCCAUUAAAAGCUCGUCUAUUACAAACAUCAACCAAACCAUGUUUUAGUAUUGAGAAUUCUAAUAUCUAUGAACAUAAAUCGAUAAAAUUUAGUGUUGGAAUUCAGAAUGAAAUUAAUGGAAUUUCUAACGUUUCAUCAGAGAUAGUUCUUUCAAAUCUUAAUGAUGAAUACGAUAAUACAUUUGAUUCGUUAACCUUAUACAAUCCAAUACGAAAUGAUGAUACCAUACCGAUUGGUGUACUUAACAAGAAAAAAUCCAGUAUAACUGAAAAUAAUAAUAAUAAUCAAAAACGAUUUUGUUGUGAUAAAAUAUUAGAUUCAAAUCAAAAUAAUUUAAUGAGAAAUAUAAUAUUAAAAAAUGUAAAUUUAUGUGUAGAUAAUUUAUCCAAAGUUUUAAGUGAAUCAUGUUCAAAUAAUGAAAAACAAUCAGCUACAUUACAAGAUUCAAUUUCAUUUGAUAAUAGUAAAUCUAAGACAUUGAUUCAACAGGAUAUCUAUCAGAAUAUACAUUCGCAAUCAUUUAAAAAACAUGACGAAAGUUUCAAUUCGAAUCAAAUUGCUCUGCUCAAAGGUAAUAAUAUUACAAAUUCGAAUGAACGAGUAUCUGAUGGUGUAAUUUUACAUCGUGGUAAACAAUUCGGUAAAACAUUGGGUGAACCCAUAGCACGCAAAUAUUAUGAGAACGAAGAAUGUUCGACCAGGUCUUCUCAUUUGAUUAAUGUAUUAAAUAGAUUAUUAUCGAAAACGAGUUGUUUAUUAAUGCGCCAAUAUAAUAUUCAAUCAAUCGAAGAUUUAAUUCGAUUAUUUUUAGAACACGGUCAACAGAAUUUUACUGAAAUUAUGAUCAAUGAUUUCAAGGUUAAUUCAUGUGUUGUUGAACAAAUUAAUAUGCUACUAAUAGAAUGGACUAGAAAGCUGACUUGA